AAAAAAGAGGGAACCCCAAUUCAUUUACUUUUGGGGCCUUUCUUUUGCAUGAAGGUAUAAAGGGAAAUUUUCCUCUUCCCUCCCUCAAACUGAAGAACACAUAUGUAAAUCUUUGUUUUUCCUGGUGAAGCAGGGGAGACCGUAGCCACAAUGCUUCACUGCAUGCAUCUAACAUGGGGCUGGUUUUAACCCCAGCGCUCUGAACUAAACUGCUCAGCUCCCGGAAAUUCCAAGGAACCCGGUGGCCUUAGUCCUUCAGGUGGAAAGUGUGCGACAUGGGAAAGAAAACCAAGAGGACAGCUGACAGUUCUUCUUCAGAGGAUGAGGAGGAGUAUGUCGUGGAGAAAGUGUUAGACAGGCGUGUGGUGAAGGGGCAAGUGGAGUAUCUGCUAAAGUGGAAAGGCUUUUCUGAGGAGCAUAAUACUUGGGAACCAGAGAAAAACUUGGAUUGCCCUGAACUAAUUUCUGAGUUUAUGAAAAAGUAUAAGAAGAUGAAGGAGGGUGAAAAUAACAAACCCAGGGAGAAGUCAGAAAGUAAUAAGAGGAAAUCCAAUUUCUCGAACAGUGCUGAUGAUAUCAAGUCAAAAAAAAAGAGAGAGCAGAGCAACGAUAUUGCUCGGGGCUUUGAGAGAGGGCUGGAACCAGAAAAGAUUAUUGGAGCAACAGAUUCCUGUGGUGAUUUAAUGUUCCUGAUGAAAUGGAAAGACACAGAUGAGGCCGACCUGGUUCUUGCAAAAGAAGCUAAUGUGAAAUGUCCACAAAUUGUGAUAGCAUUUUAUGAAGAGAGACUGACGUGGCAUGCAUAUCCUGAGGAUGCGGAAAACAAAGAGAAAGAAACUGCAAAGAGCUAAAGGGGGGGGGUCUCUGUCAUUUCUCUUUGUACAUAAUACAUUCACCUCUCUGCCUCCUCUCCCUUCUACCCUCCAUCCUAAACACAUCCAUAAAAAUGUGCUUAUCACUGUGCUCCACAGGAGAAAUAUUGGUAUUGGUUCUCUUGUAACAUAACUGAUGGUCUGAUUCAUGAUAAGUGUCUCUCUGUGAAGACCAGGCAUUUAUAUACUGUAUGUAAUUCCUACAGAGUUUUCCUUUGCCCUAAUCUCUUCCUUCUGCUCCCCUAUGACCUAAAGAUAAGUUUUAAUUUUUAAUCACCUUAGAGUCUUGAUCUUUCGGGAUCAGUUGCUUUUAGAUUGGGGGAUGUUGUAGCAAAGAUGGUGAAUUUUGGUUUCUUGCUUUGUUUCUUAGAACAUGUUGAUGACUAACUGGCCUUUGUUUUUAACAUGUUGGAUUGGAAAGGAUGUUACCCAUCUUUUAAAAAGUCAGUUGCAACUGUCUACAUGUUGGGCUUUCCCCACCUUGUUCACCUCUCCCCAGGAGAGUACAGGGUCCUGGUGUGGUCUUUUUGUCCACCUUCUGUUGUUCAUCUUCACCCAAUUUCCCAGAAUAACUCUGUCCUUUUGAGGACUUGAAAUUUUACAUUAAAAUUUGUCAGGGCACUCCUUUUAGCCCAGGACUUUUUGGCCUUGUUCUUAGCAAUCACUGAUUAUGCUUCUGUAAGAUGGUGUCAGUUUGUCAUGAAAUGACAAGAUUAUUAACUGUGGAGAGCCCAAGCUAUAGUACAGGAUGAUGGGGUAGGGGCAGAUACAGUUGUUUUCAUUUCACAUAUAGAAUGUAUGUAUUCUCUCCUUCUGUCUCUCAUAUUUAGAUUAUAUAUUUAUGUAGAUGUGAUUGCCUGGUGCUUGCUUGUGCCAAGGUGCUAGGCACCCUCCAACCCUGCCAAGUUUUGUGGCCUCCCAAAGCAUUCUUUGUUACCAAAGAGGCUUCAAACCUGAUCUUACUUCUCAGUGGAUCCAAGUUUCCCUUCUAUAUCAUUAUUUUCAAUGGGGAAUUCUUGGAGGGGAGCCAUUGGCCACGGUGUCACUUUUAAAUACUCAUAGCAGUUAUAAGUUUUCUGCUUGCUUUACUCUUGGAUUUGCCACCAGGAGUCCCCUUCCCUUUUUCCACUCUUGAAAUUUUAGUUGUAUCUUAUAUUUGAAAAAUGAAUUUCCAUGGAAGAUCAUCACCUGAGAAAGUGGCAGGUCCUGGCAUUAGCAUGUCGAUACAACUUUUUGCUACUUAAAAAAUCUACUUAAAAAUCUUUCCCUUUUGAUUUCCUCUGCUUUGCUAUUGUAUUGAUUUUUUUUUUCAGUCAUAUCCUUCUCCAUCUUUGUUCCCUAAGAAAUUCCUUGCUUCUCUUCAUCCUUUUUUGUAGUUGAGGGAUCUCCUGAAUCAGGACUGAAAGGAAGGAAACGGCAGGGUUUUGGGCAUCUUUGUCUCAGUCCCAGUGCUGAGGGAAUGAGAAAAAUGCUUGAAGCAGCCUUAAUUCUGGAAUUCACCAGCCACUGAGGUGUUUUUUUUUGUUUUGUUUUUGCUUUUGAGUUUUAAAACAUACAGCUGUUUGGCCAGAAGCAUUCAACCAUUUCUAGGUUAUUCGUAGUAAUGAGGGCCAUGGAUGGAUUGAUCCAGUCCACAGAUGAGCCAAAUAAUAUGCAAAUCAUGUACUCAUCUGUAGUGUUUGUUAAAAUCACUUCCUGCUCAGCUGCUGAUUGAAUUCUGUGAGCUUUUAUAAAUUAUGUCAAAAAUUAUACUGCACAGUUGAAGAGACAGCUGUUGCUGCAGUGACAUGACAGACUGGAACAAUAAAGCUUUUGGUUUAAGUCAGCCCAAAGAAAAUCCUUCAGAAUGGUAAUGUGAUCGGGUGAGAGCUCAUAACCCAUACCUCGUAUGUGUGGGAGUUUUAUCUCCAUAUUCCUUUGUUCUCUGUGGGAAUUAAAGACUAGAUCAAGUGCUGGAUAAUUGACAGUUGUUUAUAUUUACUCUGGUGGACACCACAAAGAAGAAUGGUCAGAAAACAAAUUUAUCAUAUGAGUAACCAAGGAUAUCAAUAGGGCAGACUAGAAUAGGAAAGUAAGCCAGGGCUCCUGAGGAGGUGAUGUGAGCCUCUUAGUUUGCAGCUGGAGAAAAUGAUAGUCCCAGUAGCUUGUGUAUUCCAGUAGUAGUGGCCAUAUAAACUGUAGUGACCAUGUGUUUAAAACCAAACACCUAGUGUGUGGAUGAAGUAAAUAGCAAUAUUUGAUACUAAGAUUGAUCUUGAGAAAUCAGAAGCAUAUGGUUAACUGUGGUUAUAGGUAAUGUUCAAGGCAGUAAUCAAAAUCUGAUUUUCUCUUACCCAAAUAACCACAGUAUCAUCUACUACUCAUCACUCCUUUAAUAAUCUUCGCUUAUAUCUUUUUCUGUCCUUUUUUCCAAUUUAUGGAAUCCUGGUUUUUCACUGAUUGUCACCAAAACAACCUGUGUUCUCUCCUAGCUAAUGGGAGCUGGUUUUAUAGGAGUGGUCCUCAGCACAAAGGAAACCGGACACCUGCCUGUUCCUCUACAUUUGUUAGUGCUGAGUAGCUGUCCUUUCCCUUAGAAAUUUGUAGCCUCAAACAAAACUUACAAAGUUUCUCCCCUCUGAAGAGGUAGUAGCCAUGGGCAAAGCACUUUUAAACAUCUAGGUCUCAGGUGGUCACAUUUUUUUCCUGUGCUUAAUUCUCUUUUAAAACAUCUUUCUAAUGGUGAAUUUCUUCUAGUAAUGAGCAACAAAUGAUAACCCUUUCUACACAGUUUAGCAGUGCUUUCCCCAGAGAGUUCCAAGGACAAUUUAGUAAGUCUUCUAAUCCUGAGCAGAUGUAUUAAGAUCAACUUCUGGGAAGGUCAGCCUGGAUGGAGGUGCCCAUUUUAAACCUGGAGAGAGCCAUAUUUUUUUCUCCUAUCAUUGCAGUCUAAUAACAAAUGCUUUGUUAAUAAGAAGGCUUGGCACAUCUGUUAAUAUCUGAGUAUUUAUCUCUGAGUAAUACAGUUUCAUUCCGGCACUGCAAGAGGGUAAUGUCUCGCUGGGUGCAGUGGCGCAUGCCUGUAAUCUCAGCACGCCUCUAGGAGGGUAAGGUAGGAGGAUUGCGAGUUUGAG